GUUGCCCAGCUGCCUCUGAGCCUGAAGGACAAGGCCUGGCACCACAUCUGCGUAGCGUGGACCACCCGGGAUGGCAAGUGGUCAGCGUACCAGGAUGGUGAGCAGCGGGGCGCCGGUGAGAACCUGGCCUCCUGGCACUCCAUCAAGCCCCAGGGAGUCCUCAUCCUGGGCCAGGAGCAGGACACACUGGGAGGCCGCUUUGAUGCCACACAGGCCUUCGUUGGGGAGCUGGCACAGUUUGGCGUGUGGGACCACAUGCUGGCACCAGCAGAGAUCCUGGGCUUGGCCAACUGCACCUCCCACCUCCAAGGAAAUGUGAUUCAGUGGGAUGACCAGGCAGUGGAGGUCUUCGGAGGUGCCAGCAAGAGGAGCUUCACUGCCUGCGAGGAAGGGAAAAAGGCAUGA